UUCGACAGUGGAACUUAGCAGGGUGAAAGACGAGCUUUUUAAAAAAACAAAAAAAACAAAAGGAAUUAUUAAACGCCGGGACGAAGGACGAGAUUUAAAUCAGACAGCAAAUGUGAAGAAAUAUUAAUUUUCACAACCGGAUAAUUUGCCUCACUCGAAGGUUUUAGCAGGCUAUUGGGUAACCUGGCUAGCUCCAUAGAAUACAAUGAUGAGCCAGUUUAGCUAGUUAGCUAGUUAGCCGAGGGACGUUCAUCACUGGCUAGCUCGUGAAGCAGAAAGGUUGAUGAUGAAGCGUAGAGUAAUGUCCGGGUGUUUAAGUUAAAUUCAAGGUUGGUUUGUCGUUACCGGAUGUGGGUGUGUAUGAGAGAGUUUAACGUUGUCGAGGUGUGUGUCUAACAAACCCCGUCUGUGAGAAAGUGGCCUAGCUAGCAAUGCUAAAUGAAGACACUGAACAGGAGUGACUAGCUAGCUCUUUUUUGCGUUAAACGUCUCCCCCAGAGCUGGCUUGCUAAGAUUAUUCAUUUGUUUUUGAAAAUAAUGUAUUUAUCCGACAGGAUUAACUAGUCGUUGAGUUUAGUUAGUUAGUUAAGAUUAGCUAGAAUGAGGUGAUGGAAAUGAUGGCUAAUGUUAUUCCGGCCUAGACUUGGUGUCUGAGAUUUGAAGCUGUAAUAAGUCAUGUCAUAAAUCUUGUUAAUGUUGCAUAUCUUUGUAAAAUGGACCAGGUUUCCAGCUUUAUUCUGAAAGCUGGAGAUUCUGGAGAUCUCAGGAUUAUCCAGACGUUGUGCUUCAUGUUAGUAUAGAGAACACAACCCCUGUACAACAGUCCUGCUUUCUUACUUUUACAUAUAUUUUUUGUAUUUUGGUCCAAAUCUUCACUGGCUUUAAUUUUAUUACACACAACCCUGCAAGUUCUCAUUGCUUUAAAUGUUUUUCCUUAUUAAAUGAUUUUUUUAAAAUUUGGGGAUAGCUGUAAAGAAACCAAACUCAAACCAGACUUGUGGUCGGUCACAGGCAAAGUUUUCUUUCAAAGAAACACACUUUCCAGUGUCAAAGGUCAAACAGAGAAGCAUGUGACCCAGAGAUUUAAUCGUCACCGUCAUCAUCGGUCGAUGAGAGUGAUCAGGAAAACCCUGUCUGAUAAGUUGACGAAGGUCGAGCAGUCAUUGCCGAUGGAAGCCUUAAAGCAGAGACUUUAACAGGAUUUGAGCUACGCGGAGGAAUCGAUGCCGGAAAGAUGGGCUCUCAAGCACUACAGAUUUUGCGCCAGGGCGUAUGGGCGUCACUUACCGGAGGCUGGUACGUCGACCCCCAUCAAAGCACGUUCUCCAACUGCUUCCACCUCUACCUCUGGAUAUUCCUUCUGGCCUUCCCCUUUCUUCUGUACAUGGCGUUGCCACCCACUGUAGUAGUAGCGGGGGUGUACUGCGCCGUGGUGGCUGUCUUCUUCACUGCUAUAAAGGUGGUUAACUUUCGCUUACAUGCGAUGUUUGACCUGGGAGAGAUUGUGGAAAAGAGGCAGGCCUCACUGACCACAGACGCUCAGAGAGUGGAGGAAGGUGAAGAGGGCUCUGGAGCUCACGAUAGCAGCCAACACAGGGGCAGUGGCGUUGGCGUGGAGAUGACCGUGUUUAGAAAGGUGAACUCAACCCCUCCAGUGCGCUGCAGCUCCCAGCAUUCCCUGUUUGGACUGAACCAGGUGUCGGAAUUUUUACCCCAGCUUGAGGACCCUGGAGGCUCUAAGGACCUCAAAGAGCUGAUGCAAGAUCAGAAUGGUAACGGUCUGACCUCGGCACACAGAGAGGUUCUUCGCCACAACUCUCAGGAUGCAAUCAGAGCCAGUGGUGUGGUACAAUCCUGUCUUGCUGCAGCCAUUGCUGGAGAUUUUCCAAAUCUCAUGGGAGUGGGCGGAGUGAGGUCAUCAGGCUUUGGGAGCCUGCCCCUGCCAGACUGCCCCUCUAUUCCCCCCUCACCAUCCAGCCAAGAGGAUGGAGAAGAAAAGGAUUCGACAAUUGUCUGCAGCAACGUGCUGGAGCAGCAGGCACAGCGAAGGCCAGAGGAUCCUCCUAUGGGUGGCUAUUCUCCACUCGGACCUUCGGCGGAGUCUGAAAGCUUGGGCGAUGCCCCCCUCAGCCCUCUCAUCAAGAGCAGCUUGAGUGAAGAACUGAGUGAGAACCUGCUGGGCCUUGGUCUUGACCCAGUGAGCUUUGGACCAGGAGCAAAGCAACCAUGCAGCCACAGUGGCGUGGCACUGACAGCCGGAUCAACAGACAGCUGUGUGGCCACAGACAGAGAGACUUUGAGCACGGUCAGCAGCUACCGCAGUGAGAAGACGGACUCUACACAGCUUGAAAGCCCGUCACUGGGCCAGCAGCACCAGUCGGUUCCCCUGCCCUCCUCUGCCGUUCUGGUUAAGGGUUCUUGCCAGCAGCGGGAUGACCCUGCGUUCCUGGGAGGCAGCGACACAGAUGAUCUCUCAGAUAGCGAACUACUACGAUCUCCCUCCAGAGAGCUCCACCCUGGCCAGGGCUUGGAUCGUACUCUGGUGGAGGGUGAGGAUGCUCCAGCACAGCUCCCGUCCCUGCAAGAUUCAUCCCCUUCUAGCAGCAGUGGCCCUUCCGAGGCCUGUGAUCAGGCUCGGGCCAUACCCAUGCCACCCGUGCCCCCUCCACGCCAGGCUGGCUCUGUGCCCUCAGGUCUGGUGUGCUCUGAACCCGCCCUGGCUGUCACUUCUGCACCUUACCUGCUGGUUGAGCCUUCCCUACAGGUCCAGCAGCAGCAAGUUGUGCGGCCCAAAGACUUGAAACUCCUGCGUGUCGGUGGUAGUGUCGCUCAUCGUCCUGGGCGUAGGAAAGCACCGCGGAAACGUGGCGCUGCUGGCAGCAGCAGUUUUGACUGUGGCUCGUAUCGACGCCGUCAUCACGGACGCAGCCAAUGCAGGGACUACGUGCCCGUGCGCAGCAGACUAGGCGCCAAAGCUUAUAGCGAAAGUCUUUUUGAGGACUCCAGUGAUGAGGACGAUGGCAGCGAUGCCAGCGCUGCUUCAAGCCUAGGCUCACAACGGCACUUCAGUUCAGACGACGAGGAUGACUCUAGUUCGUCUACCUCCUGCUACUCCCCAGAUCCUGGAACGUCUCAACCUGUCCCUGUUCCACAGCUGCCCGUUUCCAAUGAGGAAAAUAAUCUAGCUACAGUAGGACCCUCACACACUCGUAGUGCGCAGCGCUCAGCCAGCACAGCUAGUGCUAAGACUCACGCCAGGGUGCUCAGCAUGGAUGGUGCUGGUGGAGGCCAUACCAGCACAGGAACUCUGGCUUCUACCAUUUCGCCAUUAGCUGCUUCUUCAACUCCUGCUCCACGACCCCUUACCAUGUCAAAGUCUGACCUGGAAGCUCGCACUGGACACUCUGAAGUUUUUCCCAGGGCUCACAGGCUCGACUCUCUAGGAGGCUCAUGGGCUGGAAACCAAACCGGAUGGAGAGCAGGAGAACUGCUAGAAGAAGGUGCUGUGGGAGGAGCACUGGCCUCUGAGGAAGGAAAUAAACGUGACUCUGUAACCAGUGUCAAGAGGACGCAGGCCAUUCGCAGAAGACAUAAUGCAGGCAGUAACCCCACACCACCCCCCUCCACCAUGGGCUCACCACCCAGUCUUCAAGAUCUUCAGCGCGCCCGUGCUUCGUCCCAUUCCCGCGCACGUGCCCUGCCCACAGCCUUACAGUUUGCCUCGUCCUUGCUGCUCCCCAGAAGCGGCGUGCACGAAGCCUCUACAUUUGACGACACCUCAGAGGGAGCGGUGCACUACUUUUAUGAUGAGAGUGCCAUUCAAUAUUCCUCAGGUAUAAAAAGAUCAUACACCUUCGGACCUGCAGGAGGAGGUUAUGAGGACCCAGUGCAGGAGCGCGAGAGGCAAUCCCAGUCCUCCAGCUUUACCUCCACUGAUGUGCAGGAUGUGGCUCCUGCAAUAAUGCUGCAGCCUAGACCUGUGGUCCUCCAGGGCAUGCAGGUGCGCAGAGUGCCCUUGGAGAUGCCUGAGUUCGACCUGGAUCACGAGUCCCUACAGGAAUCUCAGGAAAACACGUUGAUGAUUGAGGAGAAGGCCAAGCCGAAACAGUACUACAAGUUCUGGGUGCUGCCGGGUAAAUGGCUGAGAGUGCGGUAUGACCGUCUGGCCCUACUGGCCUUACUGGACAGGAAUCGACGGGUUGGUGAGAAUGUGUUUGCGGUAGUGUUGGCCAGCCUGGUGGCCUUUCUUGGCUUCUUGCUGCUGCUGCACGGCUUCUUCAGGGACAUCUGGGUCUUCCAGUUCUGCCUCGUCAUCGCAAGCUGCCAGUACUCCUUAUUGAAGAGCGUGCAACCUGACGCAGCCUCCCCAAUGCAUGGCCAUAACUGGAUCAUCGUGUACAGUCGACCGAUGUAUUUCUGCUUGUGCUGUAUGCUGAUCUGGGUCUUUGACUUUACUGGCCAAUCCAUCAACCUGCAGCCUUUUUCCCUCUAUGGAGUUACCUUCUUCUCUGCCCAGUUUCUGCUGUGUGCCAGAAACAUGCUCAUAGUUUUCACCCUGUGUUUUCCAGUCAUCUUCCUCUUUGGACUUCUACCUCAGGUCAACACCUUUCUCAUGUGUUUGCUGGAGCAAGUUGACAUGCACAUGUUUGGAGGGACAGCUACUACAAGCCCCCUGUCCUCACUCUACAGUCUGUUACGCAGUGUCCUAGUAGCAGCUCUGGUUUAUGGCUUUUGCCUUGGUGCUAUUAAUGCCCCAUGGGGUGAGACUCAUGUUCCAGUGCUCUUCUCUGUAUUCUGUGGCCUCCUCCUUGCCUUAUCAUAUCACUUAAGCAGGCAAAGCAGUGAUCCCACCGUCCUCUGGUCUUUCGUCCGUUCAAAAUUCUUUCCAGAGCUGGAAAGCAGGACUUCUGAGGAGCCACCUCUGGAGAUCAAGGAUCCACUGCCAGAGAAACUGCGCAACUCUGUGAAGGAGAUUUUGCACUCGGACCUGGUCAUGUGUCCCCUCAUGGCCAUUAUCAGCUUUGCCAUCAGUGCCAGUACAGUCUUUAUUGCUCUGCAGCCCGCUCUCAGUUUCGUUUUGUAUAUUCUGGCUGGUGUAGUGGGCUUCCUAACUCACUACUUAUUGCCUCAGUUUCGCAAGCAGCUGCCUUGGUUUUGCCUGGCACACCCAGUGCUACGUUCUCGAGAGUACAGCCAGUUUGAGGUUCGGGAUGCAGCUCAGCUCAUGUGGUUUGAGAAGCUUUAUGCUUGGCUCCAGUGUGUAGAGAAGUACUUUAUUUACCCUGCUGUGGUGCUCAACUCCCUGACCACAGAAGCCCACACAAUCAGCCUGAACCCUGACAAGCCUGGCACUUAUGGCCGAGCUCUGUUCAUCUCCAUGGCUGGAAUGAAGCUGCUUCGUUCAUCCUUCUGCACACCGUCUCAACAAUACGUCACACUUUGCUUCACCGUCCUCUUCUUCCAGUUUGACUAUCCACGCUUCUCCGAAACCUUCCUGCUCGACUAUUACUUCAUGUCCAUCCUCUUUAGCAAGCUGUGGGACCUCCUGUAUAAACUGCGCUUUGUGCUGACCUACAUCGCUCCGUGGCAGAUUACUUGGGGCUCUGCUUUUCACGCCUUCGCCCAGCCAUUCGCCGUGCCCCACUCGGCUAUGUUGUUUGUCCAGGCUCUGUUCUCUGCCCUCUUCUCCACUCCUCUCAAUCCUGUGCUGGGCAGCGCUGUAUUUGUCACCUCCUACACACGCCCUGUCAAGUUCUGGGAGCGAGACUACAACACGAAAAGGGUAGAUCACUCUAACACACGUCUGGCCACUCAGCUCGAUCGUAACCCUGGUGCUGAUGACAACAACCUGAACUCUAUCUUUUAUGAGCACUUGACCCGCUCACUGCAGCAUUCUCUGUGUGGAGACUUGCUGCUGGGCCGCUGGGGCACCUACAGCACGGGGGACUGCUUUAUCCUGGCAUCAGACUACCUCAAUGCCCUUGUGCACCUUAUUGAAAUUGGCAAUGGGCUCGUCACCUUCCAGCUCAGAGGCUUGGAGUUCAGAGGUACCUACUGUCAGCAGCGUGAAGUAGAGGCCAUUACUGAGGGUGUGGAGGAGGAUGAGGGCUGCUGCUGCUGUGAGCCAGGCCACCUGCCCCACAUGCUGUCUUUCAACGCAGCCUUUGGUCAGCGCUGGCUCGCCUGGGAGGUCGCCGCGACCAAGUACGUCCUGGAAGGCUACAGCAUCAGCGACAACAACGCUGCCUCCAUGCUGCAAGUGUUUGACCUGCGCAAGAUUCUGAUCACCUACUAUGUCAAGAGUAUCAUCUACUAUGUGAGUCGCUCAUCUAAGCUGGAGGAAUGGCUGUCCAACGAGACGGUGCAGGAAGCUUUAAGACCUUGUCUCAGUGCUUCGUACGUUGACAGUGACCCCACAUUUAACCUGAACAUUGAUGAAGACUAUGACCACCGAGCCUCUGGCAUCACCCCAGCUGCCUUCUGCAUGGUCUACCUGGACUGGAUCCAGUACUGCAACAGCCGCAGACAGAAGCCGGUGGACAGUGAGAGAGACUCCCCUUUGGUCACGCUCUGUUUCGGACUUUGCAUUCUUGGCCGCAGGGCUCUUGGCACAGCGUCCCACAGCAUGUCUGCCAGCCUGGAGCCAUUCCUCUAUGGUCUUCAUGCUCUAUUUAAAGGCGAUUUCCGGAUCACGUCACCAAGAGAUGAGUGGGUGUUUGCAGACAUGGACCUUUUGAAUCGAGUGGUGGCGCCCGGUGUGCGAAUGUCCCUUAAACUGCAUCAGGACCACUUUACUUCUCCGGAUGAGUAUGAGGAUCCAGCUGUGCUGUACGAUGCCAUCACUGCUAAUGAGGAAAAGAUGCUGAUCUCUCAUGAAGGUGACCCAGUUUGGCGGAGUGCCAUCCUGGCCAACAUGCCCUCACUCCUAGCACUGCGACAUGUCAUGGAUGACGGCAGUGACGAAUACAAGAUCAUCAUGCUAAACAAGCGCUUCCUCAGCUUCAGAGUCAUAAAGGUAAACAGAGAGUGUGUACGUGGGCUCUGGGCCGGGCAGCAGCAGGAGCUGGUCUUCCUGCGAAAUCGAAACCCUGAGCGCGGCAGCAUCCAGAAUGCCAAGCAGGCACUGCGCAACAUGAUCAACUCGUCCUGCGACCAGCCUAUUGGAUACCCUAUCUAUGUCUCCCCCCUCACCACCUCGUACGCUGGAGGUCACAGCCAGCUCCGGUCUGUCUGGGGAGGGCCCAUAAGCCCUCACAACAUCUAUACCUGGUUCAUCAGCAGCUGGGACAGACUGCAGAAGGGCUGUGGUGCAGGCUGUAACAGCGGUGGAAACAUAGAAGAUUCUGAUUGUGGUGGUGGAUCUUCGUCCAUCAGUAACAAUCCGGUAGUAUUUCCUCCCCAGAGCACAGCGCCCACUGUGUCUCAGUCUCACCUUACCACAGUGCAGCCAUCUAUGGGAACUGACAAUCCUGUUGGUCCAAGCUGGCCUGUCCAUUCUCAGCCCCUCCCCUUGACCAUGCUUAGCCAAUCAGAGGGCCGCAUGGACGCCGGCUUGGUGAGCUCUCUCCAGCGCACUUCCUCCAUCCAAGGCCUCCUGGGUCAGCAUCUGUCCAGCUCACAGCUGUCCUUCAGUACAUCUGUGGCCGUGCCACCCACUGAGUGCUUCUGUCCAGGCAGCCUACAGGAUGGUGCCAGCCACAGGGCCGUUCAGAGGGGCAUCAGCAUGGGGCUUGGUCAUGGAAGCCUGCACGACGCUAUCUACAGCAAGUGGAGUUUGUCCGGCAGGAAAGGCUUUAAUGGGCCAGCAGCUGUGGACGGGGACGGUGGAUUGUCCCACUGCGUCCGCACUCAGGCUUUCCAACCUGUCCCACCUGCCCCACCCCCUGAGGUCAGCCCAGCACUGGAUGCAGUGAGUGUUUCUGUGCCCACAGAGAGCACACCCCUUACAUCAGAUCCUCCCAGUUUACGGGAGGAGGCUACCGAACUGCCUUUACUUGAGCACCUGCGCUGAGCCUCUACAAAGACUAACCUGCACAAAUAGGCCUAGACCAAGUGAAGCUGGAAUCUGGAGCUGGUCUCCUGCUGAAUCCAUGCUCAUUCCAGCUGACGAAGAGAGCUUUCUGUUACUUGAGGUCAAGUUGAAUCCUCAACCGAUUUUUUUUUUUUUUUUGUGUGCGUGUGUGCUUUUGCUGCGAUAUUAUUUAAGGCAUUUUUUGCUUAUUAUGUAUGGGCGUACACUAGGAAAAGGUGCUGCUUAGCAAAAUAGCUUUCAGGUCACUCCCCAUGCACGGCCAAGCUAUAAAACCAUAUUGUGGAUCUCUCAUCACUAUUUUGAAGAAAAAAAAGCCAGUCCAGUAUAAUCUAACCGUUAAUCUCCAUCUUAACGGUGGGUGUGGAGAUUCUUAGAACUUGAAGGGGAACAUAAAGGGAAGUCCUAUGUGUAGCAGAGACUAUUGGCUGAAAGCUGUCGCCCUGUAUCCACCAUCCAUCGGUUAAGCGCCCUAGGAUUCAACAGGGUCUUCACCCAUACAAAAACCAGAAGAAAACUUUUGUUACUCUUCUCCAGACGUGGAUCUUGCUGGACCCCCUCCUCUCCUCACUGUUCGUGUUCUCAGAGAUCAUCUAGAGAUCACUCCAGAGACAUCUUAAAGCAGUUCAGUUAUUAAAGAAGGGUAACAUUUUAAUUCUCAGUGCCCGCAGAUAGCAGGUAUGUCUUGGUCGACAUUAAUACCCCACAACCACAUUAGUUAGUUUCAGGGAAAAAAUGUCAAUACGUAUGUGGAUAUGCUUGCGCUUAGACACUUCCCAUGACUUUUGGUGCUCUUGCCUGAAUAGUUUACAGUCCACUAAGGAGAGGACAAAAUGGAGAACCAUGAAUAUGAAAAGUGUUCAAACCUGAAGCAAAAGGAUCAACCAUACAGAUCAGUUUGUCCCCUCAUGGUGAUGAUCAUGACCGUUUCUCCCCCCCCUACUUUUCCUCUCUAAAGCCAACCCUGUCUCACAUAAUGGUCUUCAGACUCGGGAUACAGCGCUGGCUCCCUCGCGUCUUAUUGCUGUCGAUCAGCAAGCACCCGCAGUACAGCUUUUCUUACUGUGAUACUACUACUGCUAUUGCAACAUCCCCUCUACUACUAAUGGAACUAAACAAACUACUGCUCCUUUUGACCUUUAAUCUCCAGCGUUUUAGUUGGAAGAACUUUGCAAAAACAAAUAAAGAUAUACACAUAUAAAAUAAAAACAAAAGAAAAAAAAACAUAUUUAUUGAUUGCUGUUUGAGGGUGGAGGGUGUUUUUUUUUUUUUUUUUUUUUUUUUAUAUAAUUGCACCUGGUUGUCACAUGCUGAUGCUAACUGGAAAGGCUGGAAAGAAAAUGCUACUCUGAUUUUAGGGACCUUUUGAGUCUGCAUUUUAGUUUGCUUUAUAAUUCAACUGGAAUUAGGCCCGAGGUUGGUCAUGACUUUUGUGUUUGCAUUGAACCCACAUCCCUACUACAGUACAAGAAAGGUCAGUUGGAGACCCUUAUUUUUUUUUUCUCGUUUCGGUCCCGCUUUUUUUCUUUUUCCAUUGUUUUCUACAUAUACGGCUUCACGUUUGUGAUUUUUAGAAAUGAAGGUAUAGUGUGGUUCUCAUUCCAGUCAGAUAAAAUGACCAGUUUUACCUAAUAGUAUAUAUAUAUGUCCUUAAAUGAAACCUAUUUAAUGUUUCAUUACACCUAGGUCAUUGUUAAAUCUAUACUUUGGAAGUCAUUAAAGCAUUAGGGGAAAAUAAUUAAUAAAAAAAUAUAAAGAAAAAAAAUCACAGUGCUAAAUAAUGCCCUAAAUGCUAAUUUCAGUAUUCGGCAGUCACACUCCGGUUAAAAUUUUGAGGUGUAAAGAAACAGUACCAGCAUCUUUACACUUUAAAGGAUAAAUGCUUUUUUUUCUUUCUUGUGGUGACCACCACAGCAAUAUGACAAUUAAAAAAAUCCUGCACGUCUGGAAUUUUCUUUUUAUGCAUUUCAGCACAUGAAGAUCACGAUAAAAUCAUAGAGGAACACUAGACGUCGAGCUUGAUCAUCCAGUCACCGUUUCGUCAUUUUGCCUGUAACUCCUCAAGACGAUCCCCUUACAAUUUUUUUGACCAGCAGUCUUAACGGUUUUUCGCUAUUAGCGCCAUUUCCUUGUUGUUCUCUGUCUCUUUCGUUUUAGUGUAAUCUCUCCAAAGUUACAGGGAGUUUCCUUUUUUGAUUUGGAGAAAGGCAAGCACAAGUUACUGGACAGUCCCUGGUAUCGGUAAUAAAAAGGGAUUGAACGAAUCUCUGCCGUUAAUCAACGGUAUGUUUUGUAUAUAAAUAUAUAUAUAUAAAUAUAUAUAUAAAUAUAUAUUUAAAAGUAUAUGAAUCUAUUUUAUUAUUGGAUUACUGGUUAUUUUUCAAAGACACUAUCUUAUGGGAGCUGUUCCUAAAGCACUCUCUGACCUUUGAUGCAGUUUUUUCGGAAUGAAAUCAAUUAGUACUGCUUUUGCACACGUAUUGUAAAAUAGUACAACAUCCCACUUUUUUU